AUGCUGGCGGCCAGAUGGCCUAGUCCCCUGGCGGAGGGCCUGCUCAUGCCUGUGCUCAUGCCUGGACCCUCGCACGCCUGCAGCAGGACCCCCGCAAACCCCGCCUGGACCCUCGCACGCCUGCAGCAGGACCCCCCCAAACCCCGCCUGGACCCUCGCAGGCCUGCAGCAGGACCCCCGCAAACCCCGCCUGGACCCUCGCACGCCUGCAGCAGGAGCCCCGCAAACCCCGCCUGGACCCUCGCACGCCUGCAGCAGGACCCCCGCAAACCCCGCCUGGACCCUCGCAGGCCUGCAGCAGGACCCCCGCAAACCCCGCCUGGACCCUCACACGCCUGCAGCAGGAGCCCCGCAAACCCCACCUGGACCCUCGCACGCCUGCAGCAGGACCCCCGCAAACCCCGCCUGGACCCUCGCACGCCUGCAGCAGGACCCCCGCAAACCCCGCCUGGACCCUCGCAGGCCUGCAGCAGGACCCCCGCAAACCCCGCCUGGACCCUCGCACGCCUGCAGCAGGACCCCCCCAAACCCCGCCUGGACCCUCGCAGGCCUGCAGCAGGACCCCCGCAAACCCCGCCUGGACCCUCGAACGCCUGCAGCAGGAGCCCCGCAAACCCCGCCUGGACCCUCGCACGCCUGCAGCAGGACCCCCGCAAACCCCGCCUGGACCCUCGCAGGCCUGCAGCAGGACCCCCGCAAACCCCGCCUGGACCCUCGCACGCCUGCAGCAGGACCCCCCCAAACCCCGCCUGGACCCUCGCACGCCUGCAGCAGGACCCCCGCAAACCCCGCCUGGACCCUCGCACGCCUGCAGCAGGACCCCCGCAAACCCCGCCUGGACCCUCGCACGCCUGCAGCAGGACCCCCGCAAACCCCGCCUGGACCCUCGCAGGCCUGCAGCAGGACCCCCGCAAACCCCGCCUACAGCUUGCAGGCCGUGGGGCUGAGGCCCAGCUGCUCAGCCAGCUCCCCUACUUCCAGCCACCCAGUCGCCUCUGGCUUCCUGUCCUGUGGGCCCUGCUGUGCGGGUCCUCCCUGGCCUUCCGGAAUCCUCCACAUCACUCCCAUGACCAUUCCGUGACCCGUCCAUCCCAUGACCCGUCAUUCUGUCGGCAUGUGCUGUGGUCUGAAUGUUGA